AAUGGCGGAUUUUUCAAUUUAUUUUAUAAAAAUUUAACUAUUUUCUCAUAAACUCCUCAUUUACUCUCAAACAAAACUCAAACCAAACUGGAAACAACAUUUGAGAAAAACAUUUGAAUAAUGCUAAUUUAUAUGAGAUUAAAAUGUUUGAUGGUGUAACAGCAUGGUUUUCUUCUAGCGUUGAUGACAACACUGUUACAGAUUGGAAAUCUGAGAAAGGUGAAGUGAAAGAUCUUGAUGAAGCUCAGUUUAUUUUUAGUAACGAAAGCGAAGCCCGUGAUACAAAAUCAUUGUAUAAAAGUAACGCGUAUCUAAAUGAACAUCUGGCCAUAUUUCACAGUCAGUAUAUAGUAGAUUGUCUACAGAACGGAGAUACUAGAAAUAUCGUACUGGGCAGAUAUUUUCUUCCACCUUUACCUCUUCAACAUUUUAUGAAGAAACAGAUGAAAUUUGAUUGGAAAGAUAAGAAAGAUAAGAAAGAAAUCAACAACAAGUCAAAUAUGGCAAAGAAAAAUACAGAGAAAGCAAGUGGAACUAACUCUUCACCUUCUAAACACUAUCAGACAACAAAUAAAACACAGACACCUGUUUCAACAAGAACGAGGUCUACAGUACCUUCACUACAUAAACAAACAGAAUACAGUAAUAUAAGACAUAUUGAUGAUUUACCCAAGGUGAAAGGAAAGUUGAUAGAUUUUGUACCUGGUCAAAAUGGGUGUGAAGUUUUUAUGAAAAAUUCAUGACAACUUGUUUACAACUCUACAGCAGGGGUUAUCAAUCUGGGGGUAAUAUGGAC